AUGCGUCGGGGAAGUCUGUUCAUAACACAUCCGUCUGGUGAGAUAACACAUCUUAUCGCGGACGACUUCACCGACCCGUGGCAAGAAUCUCGAGAGACGAUCCUCCUUCAAGGUGGCUUCGCUCGCCACGCAGCAUUCUUCUACCAUUGGGUGCCAGCUCUCUCCCGACACUACAAUGUAAUACGGCGAGAUCUUCGGGGCCAUGGGUAUUCCAGUGCUCCUCCAAUCGCUGAAAAACCGGACGUGUACACUCUCGACGCCAUCCUAGCUGAUAUUAUUGACACGCUUGACCAGCUCAAGAUUGAGAGAGUUCACUUCUUCGGUGAGAGCACAAGCGGUAUGCUGGGAGAAAUUCUUGCCGCCAAGCACCCAGAGAGGCUGCAAAGCCUGACGGUCUGCUCUUCUCCUGCAUAUCUCCCCGAAGGCACCCAGAGGUUCUUGGCUUUCGGAGAAGCGAGCUUCCCAGAGGCAUGUCGGACCCUAGGUUCGCGCAGAUGGGCAGAAAGGCUGAAGGCUCAGCCAGGGACCAUGACACACCCAGACCCAGCAUAUCAUAAUUGGUGGCUAGACCAGAUUUCAGUCAAUUCCGGCGAGGGGCUAGCGAGCUAUGCAGAGUUCCUAGGGACCCUUGAUGCAAGGCCCUAUCUCUCGCAGAUCCGAGUACCGACACUCAUCCUUGCUCCUGCAAACAGCGCUGCCACCAAGGUCGUGGAACAGACAGCAAUCCAGCAACAGAUCGAGGGAAGUAGAUUGGUCGUGGUUGAUGGAGCCGGUCAUGAAAUAUAUGUCGAUAAGGCCGAGCAGUGCAUCAACGAGCUUCUUCACUUCAUCCGGGACACCAAGAUGUAG